UAAGCAUUAAAUGUCGUUUCUCUUUUACAGAGAAACUCAGUUGUGCUUUUAAUCAACACUCAUCCUGAAAUAGUCUUAUAAAACGACAUUUCUUGACAAAUUGAAGACGAAGAUGUCUAAACUAAGGUUCACCUUUGAAGUAAAACCCUCUCAAGAUGGAAAAUCAAAUCACAUUGCCGUAACUUCUAUCAACACUGAAGAUGGCAGAAUAUUUUUGAUACCAGAAGAUUUUCAAGUGGCAUUCUUCCAUAAAGAAAUCUGUGCUACAAAGAAUUUUACAAUAAUCAAGAAUACCUUAAAACGAAGACAUCAAUACAGGAAUGUUUGGAUAGCCUUAACAGAAGAUAUUAAAAAAACCUACUUCGAUGAAGACGGUAACAUGGUUUUCAUGGAUAUGUACUUAGAUGAAGCAAAUCAACAAAUAAGCAAUUGUUCAUCUAACACUACCCAAAUAUUGGAUGAAAGCAAUCCUAUGGUCAAAAUCUUGGAAAAACUGGUGAAAAAUCAAGAGAAACAGAAGAAACAGAAUGUGAGGCAAGCAGCCGAGAGAUUUGUUCUUGAAAAAUAUGAUGGUAGAACUACAGAUUCAUAUCAAUGGCUUGAAGUUUUUGAAAAAGAAUGCGAUAGAUUUGAAAUAACUGAUGAUAGGGAAAAAAUUGAGAUAUUCAGAUUGUUUCUGGAGAAAUCAUGUGUGGACUGGUAUAAUUCCAUGAUGAUAAAACUAACAUUUGAUUCUGAAUGGUCAGAUUGGAGGAAAAAUUUUUGCCAAACUUACGCUAACAAGGGCUGGCCUGCCCAAUUUCAUUGUGGAUAG